AUGAAGAACAUCGGAAGCCUCGCCAUGCUGCUCCUUGCAGGAGCUGGCUAUGUCGCCUCUCUGCCCGCCGGCGAUGUCCAGCAACAGAACCAGAUCCGUGCCGUCGGGUACGAGCCAGCAUACGAGAUCCUCGCUCGGGAGCCCAAGAAGAACAAGGCCAAGGGUGCCGCUGGUGCCGCUGCCAACGCAACUGCUGCUGCCGAUGCCGCUACAGCAAAGAAGGCCAAGAAGGCCGGAAAGAAGGGAGCCGCCGCCGCUGCUGCUGCUGCCAACGGUACCGCAGCUGCUGAUACGGCCGCUGCUGGUAAGAAGGGCAAGAAGGCCAAGCAGGCCGCUGCACAAGCCGCCGAUGCACAAGCUGCCGGUGGUGCCGAUGCUCAGGCAGCUGGAGGUGAUGCUCAAGCAGCUGGCGGCGACCAGCUCACCUCGCUCCUCGAAGGACUUGCUGGUGGAGCUGCCGGAGGUAACCAGGCCAAUGCGGCUGGCGGUGCCGGUGGUGUCGGUGAUAUCCUCAGCGGUCUCCUCGGUAACCUGAAGACCCGUGACGAGUCGUCUCUGGAGUCGCGCCAGGCCAAGGGCAAGGGCGGUGCGAAGGGCAAGGGAAAGGCAGCAGGUGCUGCUGGAGCCGCUGCUAAGGCGAAGGGCAAGGGACAAGCAGCCGCUGCCGCCGCCGCCGCUGGAGGUAACGCCAACGCUGCCAACGCUGCUGGAGGCAAUGCCAACGCUGCCAAUGCCAACGCCGCCAACGCCAAUGCAGCCAACGCCAACGCUGCUGGAGCAAAUGCCAACGCAGCCAACGCUGCCGCCGCCGGAACUGCCGCCAACGCCAACGCCGCUGGAACCGCCGCCACCGCAACCAAGGCCAAGAAGGGCAAGAAGGCCGGCGCCGCCGCAGCACAGGCAGCCAAGGCUUCCAAGGCCGCAGCAGCCAACGCUGCCGGAGCCAAUGCCAACGCCGCCGGAGCCAACAACGCCGCCGCUGCUUCAGGUAACGACGCCAACUUCGUCAACCCAGCCGCCAGCAACGGAGCCAAGGGCGAGGCCGCCGCGGCCGCCGCAGCCAGCGCCGUCGCCCUGGGCCCCGGAGCUCUGACCGGUGAUGCCGCCGCCGCUGCGCAGACACCCGCUGCCAAGGCCAACGGCAAGAAGGGCGCCAAGGCUGCUGCUGGUAACUAA